UCCUGGGUGGGAAGGGUCCUCCUGCCACCACCACAGGUGUGCGGGCUUUGCCUCUCGGCAUUUCUCCUCAGGCUGCGCCGGCGGCAGCGCGCAUGCGCGGCGGCGUCCUCGGGCCUCGCGGCUAUUUAUUUCGGCGCCUACUCCAUCAGCUUCCGGGUCGCAGGGUCUUGGAGGUCGGUGCGCCGGCCCCGGGUCGCUCGCGGGCUGCGGGGCGUCAGUUGUUCCGGUUGUGCCAGCGUCGGAAGAGCCGGUGGGUGUGCCGGUUUGAACUUUUUGUCCUGGAAGCUGUGCAUCACCAUGAGGCUUGUAAUUCUCGAUAACUAUGACUUGGCUAGUGAAUGGGCAGCCAAAUACAUCUGUAAUCGCAUCAUUCAGUUCAAACCCGGACAAGACAGAUAUUUUACACUGGGUUUACCAACAGGGAGUACACCUUUAGGAUGUUAUAAAAAACUAAUAGAAUAUCACAAGAAUGGAAACCUUUCUUUUAAAUAUGUGAAGACCUUUAACAUGGAUGAAUAUGUAGGACUGCCGAGAAAUCAUCCUGAAAGCUACCAUUCUUAUAUGUGGAAUAACUUUUUUAAGCAUGUUGAUAUAGAUCCUAAUAAUGCUCAUAUCCUUGAUGGGAAUGCUACAGAUUUACAAGCAGAAUGUGAUGCAUUUGAAAAGAAAAUAAAAGAAGCUGGAGGAAUAGAUCUUUUUGUUGGAGGAAUUGGUCCAGAUGGUCAUGUCGCUUUCAAUGAGCCUGGAUCCAGUUUGGUAUCAAGGACAAGAUUAAAGACUCUAGCAAUGGAUACCAUUUUGGCAAAUGCUAAAUAUUUUGAUGGAGACUUAGCAAAAGUGCCAACCAUGGCUCUAACUGUUGGUGUGGGGACCGUAAUGGACGCCAGAGAAGUAAUGAUCCUCAUAACAGGGGCACACAAGGCAUUUGCCCUGUACAAAGCCAUCGAAGAAGGCAUCAACCACAUGUGGACUGUCUCGGCUUUCCAGCAGCAUCCCUGGACUAUCUUCGUGUGUGAUGAAGAUGCUACUUUAGAAUUGAGAGUUAAAACUGUGAAAUACUUUAAAGGAUUGAAUUACAAGAGCAUUCUGACUAUAGUACAGAAAGAGCAAUGGACUAAGAGUUCAAAAAAUCUGGCUAACAAUCAUGUUGUCUCUGAUGGAGUAUUUCACUUUGACCAAGACUUGUCUCCUUGAGCUUUAAUUUCCUCAUCUGAAAAAUAAAGUGAUUAUUCAUAUUCUGCCUAAAUCUCAAGGUUGCUGUGUGAAUAGAAUGUAUUUGGACAACAUGCAACUAUAAGGCAUAUUACUGUUUUAUUGUUCUCACACUAGAAAAGCAAGCCAAGACUCAAGCCACAUGCCUAUGCCUGACCUUGGUCAUCACCAGUAGUAAAUGGACUGUCUCUGAAAUCUUGACUUCAAACCUCUUACCCUUCAAACCCAGUCUAGACCAGGAUUUUUCAACCUCAGCACUACUGACAAUUUGGGCCAGAUAACUCUUUGUUUUGGGAGCCUGUCCUGUGCCUUACAGGAUGU